AUGUACAUUCGGACACUAACCGGACAGUGGAUGGUGUUGACCCAGCCGCAUGAACUCGGCGGCGAGUACGCAGUGACCAAUGACAUCCUACCGAACGUGGACGCCGUCUUGAACCAGAUGCACAAAGUCGACAACGACGGGUACUACGUUGGCGUUAACGGCCAGUGGACGUACCACUGCAACAACUGCUACCACUGUCUGCCCCAGUAA